AUGGACAGCAGACGGCAGCGUUCCCACUGGGCCUGGUCUCUCCUGGCUCUGGCGGCUGUGGUGGGGACCGUGGCAUCGACCGGAGCCACGGAAAACAGCCCGACGUCCAACAGCCUGGAGGGGGGCGCCGACGCCACGGCCUACUGGUGGGGGGAGUGGACGAAGUGGACGGCGUGCUCGCGCAGCUGUGGGGGCGGGGUGACAUCCCAGGAGCGGCACUGUCUGCAGCAGAGGAGGAAGUCUGUCUCGGGGUCUGGGAACAGGACCUGCAUGGGCACAUCCAAGCGGUACCAGCUCUGCAGAGUGCAGGAGUGUCCCGCAGACGGGAGGAGCUUCCGUGAGGAGCAGUGCAUCUCAUUCAACUCCCACGUGUACAACGGGCGGACCUACCACUGGAAGCCCCUGUACCCAGAUGACUAUGUCCACAUCUCCAGCAAGCCCUGCGACCUGCACUGCACCACCGUGGAUGGCCAGCGGCAGCUCAUGGUCCCCGCCCGCGACGGCACGUCCUGCAAGCUCACCGACCUGCGAGGGGUUUGCGUGUCUGGAAAAUGUGAGCCCAUCGGCUGUGACGGGGUCCUGUUCUCUACCCACACGCUGGACAAGUGCGGUGUCUGCCAGGGGGAUGGGAGCAGCUGCACCCACGUGACGGGCAACUAUCGCAAGGGGAACCCCCACCUCGGUUACUCUCUGGUGACCCAUAUCCCAGCCGGCGCCAGAGACAUUCAGAUCGUGGAGAGGAAGAAGUCUGCCGAUGUCCUGGCUCUUGCUGACGAAGCUGGCUUCUACUUCUUCAACGGCAACUACAAGGUUGACAGCCCCAAGAACUUCAACAUCGCCGGCACCGUGGUCAAGUACCGGCGGCCCAUGGACGUCUACGAGACCGGCAUCGAGUACAUCGUGGCGCAGGGGCCCACCAACCAGGGCCUGAACGUCAUGGUGUGGAACCAGAAUGGCAAGAACCCCUCCAUCACCUUCGAGUACACGCUGCUGCAGCCACCACACACGCACCACGUCCGACCCAUUUACUACAGCUUCUCUGAGCCUGCCUCCGAGAGCGCCGAGAGCCAGGAGCUGGACGCGGCCGGGCUGGUGGGCUUCGUUCAGCACAACGGCUCCCUCUACGGCCAGGCCUCCUCUGAGCGGUUGGGCCUGGACAACCGGUUGUUUGGCCACCCGGGCCUCGAACUGGAGCUGGGCCUGAGCAGAGGCCGGGAGACCAACGAGGUGUGCGAGCCGGCCAGUGGCGGGGCCUGCGGGGGAAAGGGCUUCCGAGACCGCAACACCACGGUGGCCAGUCUCUCGGGGGACAAGGAUGACCAGGAGAUGGACGCCCGCUUCUCCUCCCAGGAGUUCCUCUCGGCCAACGCCAUCUCUGACCAGCUCCUGGAUGUGGGCUCUGACUCCAAGGAGCUCACCCUCAAUGAGACUGUGAACAGCAUCUUUGCCCAGGGUGCCCCGAGGGGGUCCCUGGCUGAAAGCCUCUAUGCGGAUUACGAGGACAGCGAGGGGGUCGGUGUAGACCUGCUCAACGGGUCCUACCUGGAGCUGAGCAGUGACAGGGUCACCAACGCCUCCUCCGAGGCCCCUUUCCCCAACAUCAGCGUCAGCCUUCCCACCUCGGCCGGGAACAGGACUCACAAGCCCAGGACCAGGCCCAAGGCACGCAAGCAAGGUGUGAGUCCAGCAGACAUGUACCGGUGGAAGCUGUCGUCCCACGAGCCCUGCAGUGCCACCUGCACCACAGGGGUCAUGUCGACAUACGCCAUGUGCGUCCGUUACGAUGGUGUGGAGGUGGAUGACAGCUACUGUGAUGCCCUGACCCGCCCCGAGCCUGUGCACGAAUUUUGUGCUGGGAGGGAGUGCCAACCCAGGUGGGAGACCAGCAGCUGGAGCGAGUGCUCACGCACCUGCGGCGAGGGCUACCAGUUCCGUAUCGUGCGCUGCUGGAAGAUGCUGUCGCCCGGCUUUGACAGCUCGGUGUACAGCGACCUGUGUGAGGCGGCCGAGGCCGUGAGGCCCGAGGAGCGCAAGACCUGCCGGAACCCGGCCUGCGGGCCCCAGUGGGAGAUGUCCGAGUGGUCGGAGUGCACGGCCAAGUGUGGGGAGCGCAGUGUGGUGACCAGGGACAUUCGCUGCUCGGAGGAUGAGAAGCUGUGUGACCCCAACACCCGUCCUGUGGGCAAGAAGAACUGCACGGGCCCCCCCUGCGACCGGCAGUGGACCGUCUCCGACUGGGGACCGUGCAGCGGCAGCUGUGGGCAGGGCCGCACCAUCAGGCAUGUGUACUGCAAGACCAGCGACGGACGUGUGGUGCCUGAGUCCCAGUGCCAGAUGGAGACCAAGCCCCUGGCCAUCCACCCCUGCGGGGACAAGAACUGUCCCGCCCACUGGCUGGCCCAGGACUGGGAGCGGUGCAACACCACGUGCGGACGCGGCGUGAAGAAGCGGCUGGUGCUCUGUAUGGAACUUGCCAACGGAAAGCCACAGACGCGUGGUGGCCCUGAGUGUGGGCUGGCCAAGAAGCCCCCCGAAGAGAGCACAUGCUUCGAGCGGCCCUGCUUCAAGUGGUAUACCAGCCCGUGGUCGGAGUGCACCAAGACCUGCGGGGUGGGCAUGAGGAUGCGGGACGUCAAGUGCUACCAGGGAACGGACAUUGUCCGCGGCUGCGACCCUCUGGUGAAGCCUGUUGGCAGACAGGCCUGUGACCUGCAGCCCUGCCCCACGGAGCCCCCAGACGACAGCUGCCAGGACCAGCCAGGCACCAACUGCGCCCUGGCCAUCAAGGUGAACCUCUGCGGUCACUGGUACUACAGCAAGGCGUGCUGCCGCUCCUGCAGGCCCCCUCACUCCUAGGCCUGGCAGCCGAACCCCCUCGAGACUGAGACCGAGCGCCCCGCCCGGGGCCACUGCAGCAUCCGGGGCCCUCCUCAGACACCGUCCUGCAGGGCGCCCUGAGAUGACACUGAGCCUCGGCCAUCGAGAAGGGACUUCUGCAGCCCCGGGGCCUUUGCGCUCCCUGGGGCAGAGCCCCAGGCUGAGAACUUGUGUCUUCCUGUGGGAACCCUGGGUCUGGGGAUCCCACCGCCCAAAGCCGGGGUGGAGGUGCCGGUCCGCGGCCGCCCACAGUCCACGGCCCCUGGGGAUGGCGCGGCCUUCUCAAGGAGACUUGCAGCUGAGUCCGACGGGGGCAGGCCUCCCUGUCUCGGGGGUUCUGGGGUUGAAGAGGGGCUAGGCGGAGCCCUUGCGGAGGAGUUGAAUCCCACGACGCAGCGCUGCCCUGCCUCCGCCAUCCGGGCACGGAGGGACUGCUGCACUUUAUGCCUGGCGAGAGGCAGUCUUCCUCACCAGGCAUUUGGGUAUGGGCAGUGGGCUUCGUCCCUGUAGUCAUCGUCAGUACUCAUCCGUGUAUGUUAAUAAAGUGGUCGUAUUUAUGA